AUGGACUUCUCCAAGUUAAUAGAUAAGAAGAUCCAGCAGAAGCAAAAGCCCCAAUCACGAUGGAAUAGGCAAAGAAACAAGGCGGCGACAGCAGCAAAUACGCCGGAUCAAACCAGUACGAACCCUAAGACUGACAUCAGCAACCAAGAACACAGUGGAGAAAAUGAACCUAAGACCGAAAACAAGUUAACUGUUAAAGGGGCUAAUGAAGACGUUUCAAUUGACUACACAGCGGAAGAAAUCGCACUAGCUGAUGAGCUCUCACUUGACGACGUUAAUUCAAAGUUGGCUUCAUUCAAUGAGCUUGAAAAUGAGCCCAAUAUUCCCAAAGUAGAAAAGAUUCGUAAGCUUGGAAUACUUUUGCACAAGCAACAAAAGGACCGAGUGUAUCAAGAUCAACUAGAUAAGGAAGAUAAAGUUCCCAUGAACCUCGAUAUACAGGAGAUAGGAAAUAUCGAGUUUCAAGCAAAACAUUACACUCAAUUGAGGAAGUACAUAAAAUAUAUAAUAAAAUGUUGGGAGUCUCAGAUCAGUAUAGAGGAAGACAUUGAACAAUCCUCGGCUCUGGGUGGAGGCAAAGCUUCUUCUACUUCUUCUUCUUCUUCUUCUUCUUCUUUUAAGCUAUUAAUUGAGACAAAGCGAGAUGUGGUCCCACUUCUUUACAAAUUGAGGAAAGAAAAUCUACCUUUGUCGAUGUUUACUUCACUAACCACGGUGAUAUACUACCUUCAGUCAGAAAAUUAUCGAAUGGCCAAUGAAACGUACUUGAAAUUGAGUAUUGGUAACGCAGCGUGGCCCGUUGGUGUUCGCAGUGUUGGUAUCCAUCAGAGAGCUGCAGAUCUGAAGAUCACAGGGAACAACAAAAAAACUGCUACAAAUAUUAUGAUGGGUGAUAAAACAAGAAGGUGGAUAACUGCUGUUAAAAGACUAAUCACAUUUUGUGAAAAAACAGCCAAGAUUACUUCAGUGUAA